AUGGACUCAAAGAAGAAAAGUUCCACAGAGGCUGAAGGAUCCAAAGAACGAGGCCUGGUGCACGUGUGGCAGGCAGGGUCCUGUUCCGUGGCACCAGAGAGAUUGCCAGGCUGGGGAGGAAAGACUGUCCUCCACGCCGCCCUUGGAGUGCGACACGGGGCGCUUCUGACUGAAGAUGGUGAGGUCUACAGCUUUGGGACUCUCCCCUGGAGAAGUGAGCCAGCAGAAACUUGUCCAAGCAGCCCCAUUCUGGAGAAUGCCCUGGUUGGGCAGUAUGUUGUUACCGUGGCAACAGGGAGUUUCCACACCGGAGCAGUCACAGACAGUGGUGUGGUGUACAUGUGGGGGGAGAACUCUUCUGGCCAGUGUGCGGUAGCUAACCAGCCGUAUGUUCCAGAGCCAAAGCCUGUCAGCAUUUCUGAUUCUGAGAGCAGUCCUUUGUUAGCGGUCAGGAUCUUGCAGUUGGCAUGUGGUGAGGAGCACACUCUGGCAUUGUCCCUCAGCAGAGAGAUCUGGGCAUGGGGUACCGGUUGUCAGUUGGGUCUCAUCACCACCACCUUCCCAGUGACAAAGCCACAAAAGGUGGAACACCUUGCUGGGCGAGUAGUGCUCCAGGUUGCUUGCGGUGCCUUCCACAGCUUAGCACUGGUCCAGUGCCUCCCUUCCCAGGACCUGAAGCCAGUGCCAGAAAGAUGCAACCAGUGCAGCCAGCUCUUAAUUACGAUGACUGACAAGGAAGACCACGUGAUUAUAUCAGACAGCCACUGUUGUCCAUUAGGUGUGACACUGUCAGAAUCCCAGGCAGAAAUCCAGGCGACCUCCACUGUCAGCCCCUCCUCUGAAACCCUUGACAGCCAGGGAGAAGUGUUUGAGAACACUCUUGUGCAGAAUGAGCCACCUGCUGCUUCUGAACCGAAUGUUGGAAAUGUUCAGACCACAGGUGUUCAGACCACUUCCUCCCCACGAGAUAUCAUUGGGACAACUGAAGUUUCUUCUGCAAGAAGUCUACCAUCACACCCUGACAGUCAGGCAGUAAAUGAAUAUGUGCAGAAACUGUCGGAUCGUUCAGUAAGAGAAAACUCUGAGAACGGUGAAAAGCCAGUGCCAUCUCAGCUUCUUGUGGAAGCAGCAAUCCCUAACCUUCACAGCCCACCGACCACGAGCACUUCCGCCCUCAACAGCCUGGUGGUCUCUUGUGCGUCUGCUGUUGGUGUGAGAGUGGCCGCUACGUAUGAAGCUGGGGCCUUGUCUCUCAAGAAAGUCAUGAACUUUUACAGUGCAGCCCCUUGUGAGCCUGGAGCUCUGGCAGGCAGCAGUUCCAUAGGCCCAGAAGGUCUGAAAGAUAGCAGAGAAGAACAGGUCAGACAGGAGUCAAUGCAAGGGAAGAAGAGUUCAAGUCUUGUGGAUGUCAGAGAAGAAGAGUCUGAGGGAGGCAGCCGAAGACUCUCUCUCCCUGGCUUGUUGUCACAAGUCUCGCCCAGACUCCUGAGGAAAGCGGCACGGGUGAAAACUCGAACGGUGGUUCUGACCCCGACAUACAGUGGGGAAGCAGAUGCGCUCCUGCCUUCUCUGAGAACAGAGGUGUGGACCUGGGGGAAGGGGAAGGAAGGACAGCUGGGGCAUGGCGAUGUUCUGCCCAGGCUUCAACCAUUAUGUGUAAAAUGUCUGGAUGGUAAAGAAGUAAUCCAUCUGGAGGCAGGUGGUUACCAUUCUCUUGCACUUACUGCAAAAUCCCAGGUUUACUCAUGGGGGAGCAACACCUUUGGUCAACUUGGGCAUUCUGAUUUUCCAACAACAGUUCCCCGUCUUGCAAAGGUGAACAGUGAAAAUGGAGUCUGGAGUGUGGCUGCAGGCCAGGAUUAUUCCCUGUUUUUAGUGGAUACCGAAGACUUCCAGCCUGGGUUAUGUUACAGUGGCCGGCAGGACCCAACGGAAGAUGACAGCCUUCCAGAGAAUCACAGUGGUACUAAGAUGCCAGUCCUUCUCUCCUGUAGUAAGCUUGGGUAUAUAAGCAGAGUGACAGCAGGAAAAGACAGUUAUCUAGCCUUGGUGGACAAAAACAUUAUGGGAUAUAUUGCCAGUCUCCAUGAGUUGGCUACUACUGAAAGACGCUUCUAUUCAAAACUAAGUGAUAUCAAGUCCCAGAUUCUCAGGCCUCUUCUUGGCUUAGAAAAUCUGGGCACUGCAAAUACAGUCCAGCUGUUGCAGGAAGUGGCAAGCCGAUUCAGCAAGCUGUGUUACCUAAUUGGUCAGCAUGGAACCUCACUGAGCAGCUUCCUUCAGGGGAUAAAGGAAGCCAGGAGUUUGGUCAUCCUGAAGCAUGCAAGUCUCUUCUUGGAUAGUUAUACAGAGCAAGUAUCCAGUCCGUAUUGCACAUCUAUUACAAAUUUCCUGGUUAUGGGAGGAUUCCAGCUUCUUGCUAAACCUGCCAUUGAUUUCCUAAAUAAAAACCAGGAGCUGUUGCAAGAUUUAUCAGAAGUGGAUGAUGAAAACACCCAGUUGAUGGAAAUUUUGAAUACUCUGUUUUUCUUGCCAAUCAGACGACUUCAUAGUUAUGCAAAAGUUUUGCUAAAACUUGCUACCUGUUUUGAAGUGACAUCUCCAGAAUACCAGAAGCUGCAGGAUUCCAGCUCUUGUUAUGAGUCACUUGCUCUCCAUCUCGGCAGAAAAAGGAAGGAAGCAGAAUACACAUUGAGUUUCUGGAAGACCUUUCCUGGAAAAAUGACGGACUCCUUGCGGAAGCCCGAGCGUCGGUUGCUGUGUGAGAGCAGCAACCGGGCCCUGUCCCUGCAGCAUGCGGGGAGGUUUUCUGUGAACUGGUUCAUUCUCUUUAAUGAUGCCCUAGUCCAUGCCCAGUUCUCCACACACCAUGUUUUCCCUUUGGCCACACUGUGGGCUGAGCCACUUUCUGAAGAAACUGGUGGUGUGAAUGGCCUAAAGAUAACUACACCCGAGGAGCAGUUCACUCUCAUUUCAUCAACACCCCAGGAAAAGACAAAGUGGCUCCGGGCUAUAAGCCAAGCUGUGGAUCAGGCUUUGAGGGGGAUGUCUGAUCUUCCACCUUAUGGAAGUGGCAGCAGUAUUCAGAGGCAGGAACCACCAAUUUCACGCAGUGCCAAAUACACUUUCUACAAGGAUCCUCGCCUAAAGGAUGCAACCUAUGAUGGACGCUGGCUUUCAGGGAAGCCUCACGGCAGAGGGGUUUUAAAGUGGCCAGAUGGAAAGAUGUAUUCUGGCAUGUUCAGGAAUGGCUUGGAAGAUGGAUAUGGAGAAUAUAGAAUCCCAAACAAAGCAUUGAACAAGGAAGACCACUAUGUAGGCCAUUGGAAAGAAGGAAAGAUGUGUGGUCAAGGAGUCUAUAGUUAUGCCUCUGGUGAAGUGUUUGAAGGCUGUUUUCAAGAUAAUAUGCGUCAUGGUCAUGGUCUCCUGCGAAGCGGAAAGCUGACUUCCUCUUCUCCCAGUAUGUUCAUUGGCCAGUGGGUAAUGGAUAAGAAAGCAGGAUACGGCGUCUUUGAUGAUAUCACAAGAGGGGAGAAGUAUAUGGGACUGUGGCAAGAUGAUGUAUGCCAAGGCAAUGGUGUAGUAGUUACCCAGUUUGGUUUAUACUAUGAAGGCAACUUCCAUCUUAAUAAAAUGAUGGGAAAUGGGGUUUUACUUUCUGAAGAUGAUACUAUCUAUGAGGGGGAAUUUUCAGAUGACUGGACCCUCAGUGGAAAGGGAACACUGACUAUGCCAAAUGGAGAUUACAUUGAAGGUUAUUUUAGUGGAGAAUGGGGAUCUGGGAUCAAAAUCACUGGAACAUACUUCAAGCCUAGUCUGUAUGAGAGUGAUAAAGACAGACCUAAAGCUUUCAGGAAGCUUGGAAACCUGGCGGUACCAGCUGAUGAGAAGUGGAAAGCCGUGUUUGAUGAGUGCUGGCAUCAGCUCGGCUGUGAGAACCCAGGCCAAGGGGAAGUCUGGAAAGCGUGGGACAAUAUCGCUGUGGCCCUGACCACCAGUCGGCGCCAGCAUAGAGACAGCCCAGAGAUACUAAGUCGUUCACAGACUCAGACACUAGAGAGUUUGGAAUUCAUUCCUCAGCAUGUUGGUGCCUUCUCCGUGGAGAAAUACGAUGACAUUAAGAAAUACUUAAUAAAGGCCUGUGACACUCCUCUGCACCCGCUGGGCAGGCUCGUGGAGACUCUGGUUGCAGUGUAUAGAAUGACAUAUGUGGGUGUGGGAGCCAACCGCCGGCUACUGCAGGAGGCUGUGAAGGAGAUUAAGUCCUACCUUAAGCGAAUUUUCCAGCUGGUGAGGUUCUUAUUUCCUGAGCUUCCUGAAGAGGGCAGCACAAUUCCUCUCUCCGCCCCUCUGCCGACUGAAAGGAAAUCCUUCUGCACUGGGAAGUCAGAUUCCAGAUCUGAAUCACCAGAGCCAGGCUAUGUGGUAACAGGUUCCGGGUUACUGCUUCCCGUGCUCCUACCUCGGCUCUACCCACCGCUGUUCAUGCUGUAUGCCCUGGACAAUGAUCGUGAGGAGGACGUCUACUGGGAAUGUGUUCUCCGGCUAAAUAAGCAGGCAGACCUUGCUCUUUUGGGCUUCCUUGGGGUGCAGAGGAAAUUUUGGCCAGUGACCUUGUCAGUCCUUGGAGAGAGUAAAAAGGUUUUGCCAACCACGAAAGAUGCUUGUUUUGCCUCAGCUGUGGAAUGUCUGCAGCAGAUCAGCACAACGUUUACCCCAUCAGACAAACUGAAAGUCAUCCAGCAGACUUUUGAAGAGAUCUCUCAGAGUGUCCUGGCGUCACUUCAGGAAGACUUCCUGUGGUCCAUGGAUGACUUAUUCCCUGUUUUCUUAUAUGUGGUGCUCCGGGCCAGGAUUAGGAAUUUAGGCUCUGAGGUACACCUCAUUGAGGAUCUAAUGGACCCAUAUCUUCAGCAUGGAGAACAGGGUAUAAUGUUCACUACUCUGAAGGCAUGUUACUACCAGAUCCAGCGUGAGAAGCUUAACUAG